CUUACUAAAGAUAAGAGUUUGAGACGGACACAUAUUCAUUCACUCUGUUGUAAUAAGGUUUAUAAAAGCGUCUUUUGUUCGGAUACUGAAUAAUGUUGGCAUUUGUAUUCAUGACUGUAGUCUUAAUAUACCCGGCGUCUACAUCCCCUGAUUCAAAAGGCGAUGUUCUGAAUGCAGGGAUUAUACGUGAGAUUGUUUCAUCAUUCAUGGAAACGGAGGGAAGUGAUUGCAGAUCUUUAGCGAAUCACGUUGCUGAUUUGAGUAAAGAAAUGAAACAGCAAAGUAUAAAAAUGGACGAUAUGGUAUCAAUUAUUGCUACACAAUCUAACGAUAUCAGAGAAUUAAAGCACAAGAUCAGUAUAAUUGAAGAGGAUAAUGAACGUUUACGAAGCCUAUUCAAUGAGGAAAAUGGAAAAAAUAACACAACCAAGCAGAAUGAUGGUCUAACCAACAUUGAAAGUAGCAAACCUUCUCUUGAUGUCGAUGAAGUCGACAUAAAAUCAAGAGGUGUUGUGAACAAAGACGGACAGAAAUAUUCGAUGAGUCAAAGAAUAAGAGCGAGUUCUACGGGAGUUGUUGCAUUUACGGCAUAUUUAGAUCAUGCGCUUACGGGUUUGAAUCCAGGGAUGACUAUUAAAUGUAAUAUAAUAAUUACUAAUCAUGGACAUGGCUAUAAUACAUUUACCGGUAUAUUUACGGCCCCAGUAUCUGGGAUAUAUUUCAUAACAUAUACAAUUAAUUGUGGAAUGAAGAAGACAAAUAUUCGAUUAAUGAAGGACGGGGUUAACAUUGUCGACGCCGUUGUACACGCUGAUCCAUAUUCCGGGAGUUACAGACAAACAAUGGCCACAAAUAGUGUUGUGAUAGAUGUUACUGCUGGACAAUCAAUUUGGCUUGAGACAAUUUAUGACCAUGACGCCGAACUUAUCAGUCUUGAGGAUUAUCGUUACGUAACGUUUACAGGAUUUCUACUGGUGUGAUUCAACCCGACUCGUUUAUCCUAUCUGUUAUGUUUAUAAAACAAAUGUUACAAUAAAAAAUAAAUAAAUUAUC